AUGACCGGUGGCGUCGAUGUGCCGGGAACCGCAACCGUCAACUCGGCCACAGAGCCAGCCAGGCCUGCUUCGGAGCAACCCAUUACAAGUCGACCGCUAAGCAACAAGGACUUAGAGCAGAUUUGGACAUGGAACGAGGCCGUCCCUCCGCGAAUAACAUCAUGCAUGCACGAUCUCUUCCGCGACAAGGCCCGGCAGCGGCCGGAUGCCGUGGCCGUGGAAUCGUGGGAUGGAACUUUGACGUACGGCUUGCUCGACGAGCUUUCGUCACGACUUGCACGGCUACUGAGGCCAAGGGGCGUCGAAAUCGGCACCCGCGUUGUCUUGUGCUUUGAGAAAUCCAUGUGGACCAUCGUGUCGCUGCUGGGCGUCAUGAAAGCCGGCGCGACAUUUUGUCUCACCGAUCCGAGCCAGCCAGAGGCAAGGCUGCGAGCCAUUGUCGAGCAAAUGGGGGCUCGAUUAGUCGUGGCUUCGGUGCUCCAGAGCCAGCUCGCGGCGAGGAUAUGCGCCGAGGCCCAAGUGGUGGCCGUGUCGCGGGACUACCUCAACCAGUCCCACGACGAGACCCCGGAAGGCCUGCCUCGAGUUCCAGGGACCUCGCCCAUGUAUGUCAUCUUUACGUCGGGCAGCACGGGCAAGCCCAAAGGCGUCGUCAUUUGCCACGAGAACUACACGAGCGGCGCCAUCCCGCGAGCCAAGGCCGUCGGCUACACGCAGAGCUCCCGCGUCUUUGAUUUUCCCUCGUACGCCUUCGACGUAAGCAUUGACUGCAUGCUUUGCACUCUGGUGACGGGCGGCACCGUCUGCAUCCCGUCCGAGGCGGACCGAAUCAACGAUCUGAGCGGCGCCAUCCGUAGGAGCAGAGCCAACAUUGUGCAACUGACUCCCUCGGUCGCCCGUGUCUUGGAGCCCGACAUCAUCUCCUCGCUCGACGUCCUCGGAGUAGGAGGAGAGGCGGUAUCGGCAAGUGACGCCACGGCCUGGGGCAAGACGACAACCGUCGUCAUCGGAUACGGGCCCUCGGAAUGCACCAUCGCUUGCACCAUCAACAAUGCCGUCGGCGCCUCGACGGGCAUCGGAACGGGUGUUGGCGCGACGACGUGGAUCACGGAUCCGGACAAUGACGGCAUUUUAAUGCCCGUGGGAGAAGUGGGCGAGCUCCUUGUCGAAGGGCCCGUUGUCGGGGCUGGAUACCUGGGAGAGCCGGAGAAGACGGCCGAGGUCUUCAUCGAGAGCCCUACCUGGCUACGUCGCGGGCACGGCUCGGUCCCCGGCCGCCGGGGUCGCUUGUACAAGACCGGAGACUUGGUCCGCUAUGAAGCCAAAGGCUCAGGGUCCAUGGAGUUUGUUGGGAGAAAGGACCACCAGGUCAAGCUUCGGGGACAGCGGGUCGAGCUGGCAGAAGUCGAGCAUCACCUGCGGACCUGUGUCCCCGCCGGGACCGAGGUCAUCGCCGAAGUUGUCGAGGGCGCCGGCGGCUCCAAGACACUGACUGCGUUCCUCUCGGAGCCCUCGGGCCCGGCCGUGGCCGACACGGGCACCUUGCUGACGGAGCCGUCACCGGCACUGGCGUCUGCCCUUGCCGGGAUCGACACUGCCAUGGAAGCCAGAGUACCGAGAUACAUGGUCCCGGCGGCUUUUGUAAUCAUCCGGACCAUGCCUUCUCUCGUCUCGGGCAAGGCCGAUCGGAAAAGGCUGCGCGAGUUGGGCGCGUCGCUGCGGCCCGGUGCCGGCGCGGGACAUGGAGACGACCAAGAGCCAGGGGCAGAGACGGACAAGGAGAAGAAACUGCAAAGGGCGUGGGAACAGGUCCUGGCGCCCGGCGUCAAGAUCGACAAGAAGAGCAACUUCCUGGCUCUGGGUGGCGAUUCGCUGGGCGCAAUGAGGCUUGUUGCGGCUGCGCGAGGCGAGAGUCUGGGCCUCAGCGUCGCCGCCAUCUUUGCCAACCCCAGUCUCGACAAGAUGGCAGCCGAGGCAGCAGACAUGGCAGACGCAUUCCAGGACCCGGUGCCGCCUUUUUCACUCCUCGAGUCGGACUGGGACGCAUCAAACGCCAAGACGCAAACGGCUCGCCUGUGCAAUGUCGCCCCAGACGCCGUCGACGACGUCUACCCCUGCACGCCCCUGCAAGAAGCCCUCAUGGCUCUCUCGGCCAAGGUCCAGCAAGCCUACGUCGCCCAGCGUGUCGUCGAGCUCGAGGAUGCCGCCGCCGCCGAAAGGCUCUUUGCCUCCCUCGACACUGCCAGUCGAGACUGCCCUAUCCUGAGAACAAGAAUCGUGCAAGUGCCCGGCCGAGGUCUCGUCCAAGUCGUGGUCCGGGGCGGCCUCGUUCGCCGCGGGAGUUCGGACCUGGCAGACUAUCUCGUCUCGGACAGCGAGGAGAGCAUGCUUCUAGGCGAGCCGCUCGUGCGGUGUGCCGUCAUUUCGAGCACCACCAACAAGGUUCAUUUCGUGCUGACCAUGCAUCAUGCCCUAUACGAUGGCUGGGCAAUACCGCUCAUCAUGGAUCGCGUUAACAAGGUCUACCGCGGCCAGACGCUCCAACGCCCGGCCGAGUUCAAGCAUUUUAUCAGGUAUCUCGGCAGCGUUGCCCGCGAGGACACCGCCGCGUACUGGCGCGAGCAGCUCGACGGUGCCACCGUGCCGCAGUUCCCGGCCCUGCCGUUCGACGAGUAUCAGGCGCAGGCCGACUCCCUGCUCGAGGUGUAUGUACCGCUCCGCCCUGCUGCGGCAUCCGAGGCAACAAUGGCCACCGUGAUCCGAGCCGCGUGGGCCCUCGUUGUCUCGCAGUAUGGCAACCAAGACGUCGUCUUCGGGGAGACGCUUACGGGCCGAAACGCCUCCGUCGUGGGAGCCGAGCAGAUUGAAGGGCCCAUGAUCACGACGGUGCCCGUACGCAUCCGAAUCCAUGGCCAUGUGACAGUGGCGGAGUACCUUGCGUCCGUCCAAGAGCAGGCCGUGUCCCAGAUUCCACACGAGCACUUUGGCCUGCAGCACAUCCGCAAGCUGAGCCUCGGUGCCUUCAACGCCUGCCAACUACGAACAGGUCUCGUCAUCCAUCCCAGCACAGGUCAAGAGGAACUGCAAGACGACCACCUACUGGCCAACAAGCUUGCCCCGGCGGGCGAUGCAGAGGCGGCUCAAGAAGCACUUAGGUUUAACCCGUACGCCCUGAUGCUCGUCUGCUUCAUCGAUGCCGAGGGAGUUCGGGUCAUGGCGAGCUUCGACUCUCGUACUGUGGCCUCGCCAGUGAUGCAGGGGGUCCUGGACCACUUGAAGCGUGUUGCUCAGAUGCUCUGCGACGAGGAGAGUGGCAGUCUUGCGCAUGUCCUGGAUCUCACCAGUGACGACUAUCCGUUAGAAUACAGCCAUUUCCAACAUGCCAAGUACGGCUCAGGGGCACGGUCUGUGGCAACGCACGCCACCAACCACGGCAGAAGCAUCGAGGAUCAAGACGCUGCGAGGCCCGAGCUAGUUACAUCGCGCCGACAGAUUGCCCUACGGCGCCUCUGGAGCAACGUCCUGGUCAUCGAGGAGGACGACAUUGGCCUCCAGGACGACUUUUUCCUCCUCGGGGGCGACUCCAUAUCCGCUAUGAAGCUCGCGUCUGAGGCACGCCUCGAGGGCUUCAAGCUGACCGUCAUGCAGGCGUUCCAAAACAGGUCUCUGUACGACAUGGCGAGAACCAUGGGGGACGAGACGGCAGCUCCGCCGCAGGAACCCGGCAGAAACAAGCCCUUUUCACUGCUACGUGUCCAAGACUGCCGCCGCGUAUGGGUGCCAAACGUGAUUCAGCCCCAGCUUGCAGACAGCAGUUGGACCGUGGCCGACGUGUUGCCGGCCCGUCCGCUUCAGCAACUUGCCGUCAAUGGAACGACGCAGGUGCCGAGAUACGCCGUGCGCUACGAGCUCAUGCAUUCCGACGUCGGCUUGGACAGGGCUCGACUCACCAGGGCGUGCGAUGAUCUCUUUGCUCGAAACGAGAUUCUUCGGACCGUCUUUAUUCAACACGACGGACAAUGCCUUGGCGUCGUCAUUCAAGACUUGCCUGUCUCUUUCGUCCACCAUGUCAUUGAUGGCGACGUCCAGCAGUUCUCCAAGCAGCUCUGCCAGCUCGAUGUCCUCACCAGCAUGCCCCUGGGCUCCUCGUUUGUCAAGUGGUUCCUCAUCGAGUCGACCAAGGGCCCAUGCUGCCUCAUCCUGCGCCUCUCGCACGCACAGUACGACGAGAUGUGCCUGCCAUUCCUGCUGAGGCAGCUCUCUGCCCUACAUGAGAACAAGCCCGUCCCAGCGUCGGUCCCCUUUUCAUCCUACGUCGGCCACGUGUUGCAGGAGAGCCUGCCUGCAAGCGUCUCGUACUGGCGGGACCUUCUCGCCGGCUCGUCCAUGACGGUCCUUAAGCCUGAUAUCCCCGUACUCAAGAGCAACCAUUUCGCCAUUCGACGGACUGUCGACAUUUCCUCCCGUCCCCGCCACGUCACCAUCGCGACGCUCCCGACUGCGGCCUGGGCCCUAUGUCUGGCCCGCCGACUCUGUCUUCGAGACGUCGUCUUCGGGGAGGUUGUCAGCGGACGCAACAUAGGCUUCCCCAACGCCGACGCCGUCAUGGGUCCCUGCUGGCAGUAUAUCCCCGUGCGGGUGCGCUUCGACGCGGGCUGGACGGUGCUCGACCUCCUCGAGCACAUACAGCACCAGCACGUUGCCUCGUCGGCGCACGAGGGUGUCGCCAUCGGCGAGAUCACGGCCCAGUGCACCGAUUGGGAUCCCGCCACCACGUCCAACUGGUUCGACUCGGUCGUCCACCAAGACGUGGCGCACGUCGAGGGCCUCUCCUUUGCCGGGGCCGACGUACGCACCGAGACGGUGUAUCCGCACGAGGAGCCGCUGCGCGAGUGGAAGAUUCAGGCCUUCAUCGAAGGCCAUGACAUGACGCUCGAGAUUAUCACUGUGGAGAGCUGGGGGGAGUACGCCAGGGGUCUGCUUGACGACCUGGUCAACGUGGCGACAUUUCUGGUCGAGGAGCACCGGGGGCUCGUAUGUUGA